CUCGACAAAAUGGAACUUGAGGAUCACAAAAGAUAUUCAGAGGAGAUGUCUUUAAAAUCAGAAGAGUAUGUGAAGAAAAAAACCGUCGUGAAAUACAAAGUCAUCUGUGCUGUUCUGCUGUGUGUUUUGGUGGUUGUAUCCCUGGGACUAGGUUUAGGACUAGGACUCAAACGUGGAAACCAGGAGCAAGUCAGCUGCAGACACAAGUGCAGCGAGCCACACAGGAAAGAUGUGCCCGGCUGCCAGUGCGACAGCGGCUGCAAGGAGCGUCAGGACUGCUGCUGGGACUAUGAGGACGCCUGUGUGGAGCCAACCCGAUCUUGGACGUGCACUAACUUCCGUUGCGGUGAGACAAGAAUACCUGGAAGUUAUUGUUCUUGUUCGGAUGACUGCUUGCAGAAAAAAGACUGCUGUGUAAAUUACUACAGCAUUUGCAAAGGUGAAACAUCUUGGGUAGAAGAACCAUGUGAGUCAGUUGAAACUCCUCAGUGUCCAGACGGAUUUACUCUCCCACCACUUAUCCUUUUUUCAAUGGAUGGGUUUAGAGCAGAAUAUUUGGACACUUGGAGUUCUUUGCUGCCAAAUAUGGAAAAACUCAAAACAUGUGGCACACAUUCAAAAUACAUGAGAGCUGUUUACCCAACAAAAACCUUUCCAAACCACUAUACUAUUGUCACAGGAUUGUAUCCAGAAUCUCAUGGUAUCAUUGACAACAACAUGUAUGAUGUAGACUUGAAUGCACAUUUCUCACUUUCAGGGGAGGAAAAAUUCAAACCUGCAUGGUGGAAAGGGCAACCAGUCUGGCUGACAGCAAUGUCCCAAAAUUUGAAAGCAGGCACCUUCUUUUGGCCAGGCUCUGAUGUUCCAAUUGGGGGAAAAUACCCCACCCUGUACAACAAAUACAACGGUUCUGUUCCAUAUGAAGAGAGAAUUUCAGGAAUACUCAAGUGGCUUGAUAAUGCCCAGUCUGAGAGGCCUGAUAUAUACACUUUAUAUAUUGAACAACCAGAUUCUUCUGGACAUUCAUUUGGACCAGUUAGUGCUGGUGUAAUCAAAGCCUUACAGUUAGCAGAUAAAGCAGUGGGGAUGCUCAUGGAUGGACUUAAACAAAGAAACCUGCACAAAUGUGUAAACCUCAUUGUUUUAGCUGAUCAUGGGAUGGAGAAGACCUACUGCAAGAAGUUGGAAUAUAUGACUAAUUACUUCAAAGAGGUGGAUUUCUACCUGUAUGCUGGGCCUGCAGCUCGCAUUCGAGCAAAGAAUGUUCCAAAAGACUAUUUUACCUUUGACUCAGAAGGAAUCGUUAAAAACCUCACAUGCAGAAGAUCCCCUCAGCACUUCAAGCCCUACCUGACCCGUGACUUGCCCAAACGAUUCCACUAUGCCAACAACAUUCGUAUUGAUAAAGUUCAUCUUUUGGUGGAUCGACAGUGGCUGGCUGUGAGGGAUAACACUUACAAAUCUUGUGAUGGAGGUAACCAUGGCUAUAACAAUGAAUUCAAAAGUAUGGAGGCUAUAUUCUUAGCAUAUGGUCCAAGCUUUAAAGAGAAAACAGAAGUGGAUGCUUUUGAAAACAUUGAGGUUUACAACCUUAUGUGUGAUUUGCUGCGUAUAGCACCAGCAGAAAACAAUGGAACACAUGGCAGCUUGAAUCACCUCUUAAAGAAACCCUUUUACAAUCCUUCACAUCCAGAGGAAGUCUCAUCUCCCUUUUCAUGUCCAGUUUCCAGUCUGAUUUCUACAGAUGACCUGGGAUGCAACUGCACACAAAUACCCGUUGGGUCAAUAGAAAAGCUAAACGAGAGGUUAAAUCUCACCACAGAAGAAAUAAAGAAGGCAAACUCAUCUCAUUUGCCAUAUGGGAGACCCAGAGUUCUUCAGAAGGAAAAGGACUACUGCCUCCUUUCCCAUCAUCAGUAUGUGAGUGGAUACAGCAACGAUCUCCGGAUGCCACUGUGGACUGCCUACACUGUGAAUAAGCCUGAAAACACAUCUGCUCUUCCUCCCACUGUUUCAGACUGUCUGCGGCCUGAUGUUAGAAUCCCUGCUGCUUGGAGCCAAAAUUGUUCUGACUACCCAGAAGGGCUGACCUUGACCCACAGUUUCCUCUAUCCUCCCAACUACAGUUCAUCUGAUCUUGAACAGUAUGAUGCCUUACUCACCAGCAAUAUUGUUCCUAUGUAUAAAGCUUUCAAAGACAUAUGGGACUAUUUCCAUAAUGUGCUUCUUCAGAAAUAUGCUAGAGAAAGAAAUGGGGUAAACGUUAUCAGUGGACCAGUGUUUGAUUACAAUUAUGAUGGCCAUUUUGAUAGCCCUGAUGAAAUUAAGCAGUAUGUAGGCAAUACAAAAAUCCCCGUCCCAACCCAUUACUAUGUGAUUCUGACAAGCUGCAACAACACAUCCUAUACUCCACUGAACUGUUCAGGGUCCUUGGAUGCUUUGUCUUUUAUCAUUCCUCAUCGACCUGACAACUCUGAAAGCUGUGCUGAAAAUAAGACACUUUCCGAAUGGGUUGAAGAAAGAGUUCAGGCUCAUUCUGCACGUGUUCGGGAUGUGGAGUUGCUAUCUGGGCUUGACUUUUACCAGGAAAGAAAUGAAUCUGUCUCUGAGAUCUUGAGGCUAAAGACAUUUUUGCCAAUAUUUGAGACUGAAAGUAUCUGA